AUUCGGUCACCCCAACACUCUCUCUCUCUCUCUCUUUCUUUCUCUCUCUCACACUCUUUCGUCUUCUCCCUCUUCGUGUAAAGUCUUUCUCACUCUUCGCCUGUAGCUUCGUGAUUUCGCCGGAACCCUAAUUCGAUCUGGCGGGAACCUGACGACUCCGAUGACCGUACGAUUGAGGAACAGUUGAGAGAUCAAAGGGGCUGGAUUUCGUCACCGGAUGGAGGGAGGUAGCGUCUCUAGACUUCUUACUUCUUCUGGGAUACACCCAUGGAUUAUGAUGACAAUGAUUUUCAAAGCCAGAAUCUUCAUUUAGCUGGUGAAGGGAGUACUAAUUUUCCUCCAGUUUUACAGCCAUAUGCUCUUCCCAAGUUUGAUUUUGAUGAUAGCCUUCAAGGGCAUUUGAGGUUUGAUAGUUUGGUUGAAACUGAGGUUUUUCUGGGUAUUGAGAAUAACGAAGCUAAUCACUGGAUUGAGGAUUUCUCUCGUGGGAGUAGUGGGAUAGAGUUUAGUUCCACUGCAGCAGAAUCUUGCUCUAUAUCAAGGCGCAACAAUGUUUGGUCUGAGGCCACUUCCUCAGAAUCUGUUGAAAUGCUAUUAAAAUCUGUUGGGCAGGAAGAAAUUAUUCCCCCUGAGACAAUCGUUGAGGAAUCAGAUGCCUGUAAGGAACUGUGUUGCUUAACUGAGCAGAUGGAGCCUAAUUUGAAUAAUGAAGAUAACAUUCUUUCUCAAAUGGGGGAUGUUACAGAUCUAGGGCCUACAUUACCACGGGUGGAGAUUUCCGAAAACCUUUCUGGCUUAAAGGAUGUAGGAGUAGAUCAGCUUUGUGUUGAUGAUUCACAAACUCGUGAAGGUAAAAUAUUAGUUGAUGGAAAUUCAAAUAACUUGGAACCAAAUGAUCUCAGUGGAAAGGACAGCCCACAUGUAAGUAAAGGGAGUCCUUCUACGGAUGGGAAAUGCAAAGAUGCAAAACAGAUGGAAUUGGACAAUGCGGUUGAUGAACCUCUAGAUGAAAAAGAAGAUUCCUCUGCUUCAGGAAUGCAAGUUGAUAAUUUGAUAUCUGUGCAGAAUAUUAUUACAAGAAGUGAUGAGUUGAGUAAAAUAGAUGUUCAACAUAAUUUAAAAGAUAUCAGUGAAGAGGAUCCAGACGGACAUGUCUUGCGCAUAGAGGCUCAAGUGAAUGAAAAAGUAGUUGAAAAGGCUACCUGUUAUCCUGAAAACCCUCAUUGUUCAUCGUUUGAGGUGGAGUCUGUGGAAGGAGGAAUUGCUAAUCAGGAAAAUGUUGUUAGUGUGGAGGAACCAUCGGAUAUGAUACUACAAGAGGAUUCUGACUUACAUACCCUGGGCGGAUGCAGUGACAGGGAAUGCUCUGGUGCUGAUGCUGACACCAACAAAUAUGAAACUGUGGUCUUGUUUAAAGGCAUAGAUACUGGUGGUGAUCAAUCAGAACUAAGCACACACAGCUUAUCACCUAGGGUGUGUGAAAAUGAUACUAGCUGCUCAGUUGAGGUUAGCAACAAAAAUGCUGAAAUUUCUUCAAGUAUAGAUCCUAUGCCGAAAGGGGAUUCUGACUUACAUGUAGCAGACAUAUUCAGUGACAGGGAGUGCUCUGGGGUUCCUGCUGAAACCAACAAAUGUGAAGAUACAGUCUUGCUUAAAGACACAGGUAGUGGUGCUGAUAUUUUUAAAUUAAACACAAAUGAUUUAUCACCAAUGGUUACCCGAGGCGAUGAUAGGUUUGCAGUUGAGGUCACCAACAGCAAUGCUGGUAUUUCUUCAAGUCCAGAUCCUAAACCGAAGGUGGAUUCUGGAUGGAAUAGCUCCAAGGAGAAUUCUUUAGAAAGUGGUUUCCAACCAGAUAGUGGGACUUCGGUCAGAAUGUCCGAGGCUUCUUUGUCAGUCAUUGAGGAAAAUGAGGUCUCAAAGGAUGAAAGUAAUGAAAAUAGUGAAGUUCAUUGUAAUUUGACUGCAACAUGUUCUUCAGCUGAAGUAUUUAGUGAAGCACAUGUAACUGGAUCUUCUAAAAGUUCUCUUGAUGCUUUUGGAAUUUCUGGAGAGAAAUUGAAUGCUGACAGGCAUGUAUCACUUUCUAUUGUUGAGGAGUCUUCUCAGAUAUGUGAUGAUAAUAAAGUUUACGGAGAAGGCGAUGUUGGUGAUGGACGGGAUAGUAACCUGGAUCUCUCUUCCAAUGAAAAGGAUAGUACACAAUUGCUCAAUGAGUCUAAUAGUAAAAAUUUGGAGCUUGGUGGAUCUGUUGUUAAGGGAUCGGGGUCCUCACCAUUGUGUGGAGCUAGCACAGAUAAAGAGCUGGUUGUUCCAAUAUUAACAAAUGAAGCUGAUGGUAAUGAACUGGUGGCCAACAUUUUCUUGGAAAAUUCGAAUUUGGCUUCUUGUGGCACAACGAAUGCUGUUCCCUUGUCUUCUGGAAAUGGUGUAGCCAGCGAUAUUGUUAGCCACUCAGAGGUUCAAGCAGCACCUUCUUCUGCUGGGGGUUCAUACUGUGACAAAAAGGAAGAAACCGCAAAUGAAAUGACCAAGGAUGCAAGUUUUUCAUUUAUAGUGCCACUUCCUUUGGUAGAAACAGGGCCAGUUUCUGUUUCUGAAGUUGAAAAAGGUGUUUCCUGUGAUAGUUCUGGACAGUUGUUAUGCAAGACGGUUGAUCAAUCUCUGCCUGACACAGACAGUUGCAAUACAGAGUGCCAAAAUGAACCACGAAGUGCAGUUGCUAAUGAAGUUAGCAAGGGAAACACAAAUGAGAGGGACGUAGCUUCUGUUCAGUGUGAAUCUUCUGCAAAAGCGGGUGAUGCUACUGAAGCUAUUUUCUUUGGAAGACAGGAUGGCUCAACCAUAAAAGAGAGUUUUGAAAAGGCAUCUGCAAUUGCAACAGAACUAAGUAUGGAUUCUGACAUGCGGCCUGGGCCUUCAACAUUGGUGGAAAUGUGUGGUGGUACUGCUAAAAAUGCAAUGGAAGACACUGACACUUCUGAAGUAUCUCAGGAUAAGACUUCUGCAGAGGCUACUAUGCCCAGCAUUAAUUGUGAUGCUUCUCCGAUUUGUGAAGCUUCUAUCUGUUCUGCUCCUUUGCCUGAAUCUCAUGCUAGGUUUGUUGCACCAGAAAGUGGUGGAAGUUCUGUUAAUCCGAAUAAAAAUGAUUGUGGUUCAACUAAGGUUGUUGAAACAAGUGAGCUUUCUGAGAUUAAACAUGAAUCAGGUGAUAUCAAGGGGCCCAAAAAUCUGAAUGCCCCAGUUUCUGACAUUGUUAGGAAUGGGGACAAUCAUUCUCCUAAAUCCUGGAAUCCAAAAGAAAAUGAUGCCUCCAAGGAUUGGAGAAAUGGCACUUCGGAUGUGAGUUCACUUGCAGAUUUGCCAAAACGGGAUGCUCCCAACAACUUGCAGCCUGUUCCUACUAUUAUACCUCCCAGAUGUGCAGAGGGGUCUAUACAAAAUUCUGGUUCAGGCCAGCUGGAUGCAAAAAUCUCACAAGAUCUUUCUCAUGGAGGUUCACUAGUAUUUGAUGGAGUUGCACGAGGUGCUUCUAAGGUUACCCCUGAACGGAAAACAAGGCGAGCAUCUAGCAAGGCAACGGGUAAACAGAGCGCUAAGAAGGGAAGUGCGCAAGCAAGAACUCCUAUGAGACAAUUAGAAAGAGGAGACAGAUCAAGCAGUGUGUCCCAAAACCAAUCUGGAAUUUUCCAGCUUGUGCAGCCUAGUGAGACAAAGCCCUAUGGACAUGUGGAUGGUGCUAUGAAACCCUUUUCUGUUCAUACUACUUCCACAUCUAGUUUGCCAGAUCUGAAUACUUCUGCUCCACCAUCUUUAAUGUUUCAACAGCCGUUCACUGACUUGCAGCAAGUGCAAUUACGUGCUCAAAUCUUUGUUUAUGGAGCUUUAAUUCAAGGAAUAGCACCUGAAGAAGCUUAUAUGGUGUCAGCAUUUGGGGGACAUGAUGGUGGAAGGGGCAUGUGGGAGAAUUCUUGGCGUGUAUCCAUAGAGAGGCUACACGGUCAAAAGUCUACUCUGGGUAAUCCAGAAACUCCUUUGCAAUCACGCUCGGAACGGAGGUUUACAGGUUCCAGGGCUCCUGACCAAGUAAUUAAAGGUGCAUUCCAGAGUAAAAGCAUUCCCUCGCCUCUUGGUCGACCCAGCACGAAGGGUGCUUCACCAAUGGGUGCCCCAAUGAUACCUAUUUCAUCACCUCUUUGGAGUAUUUCUACCCCUGUUUGUGAGGGCCUGCAAUAUAAUUAUCAGCAGGCACUUAAUCCAUUGCAUCCUUUCCAAACACAAUCAAUAGGGAACGUUGUUGGGGGCCAUAAUACUACGUGGAUGCCUCAGCCCUCCUUUCGGGGUCCCUGGCUUACUUCUCCAGGGUCUUCUGCAGCUCAAGCCAGUACUCAUUUUUCAGCAUUUCCUAGUACAGAAGCAGUGCAGUUGACUCCUGUAAAAGAAACAUCUUUACCACAAUUGCCUAGUAAGAAGCAUGUUUCCUCUGGUCCUUCUACUCAGACUGCAGGCCCAACUAGUGUUUUUGCAGGGGUGUCUCCAGUGUUUGACCCAAAAAAAGUGUCGGCAUCACAUGGUCAGCAUUCUGCUGACCCUAAGCCUAGAAAAAGAAAAAAGACUUCAGCCUCUGAGGAUCAUGUUCAGGUUACUGUGCAAGCUCGAUCUCAACCUGAGUCAGCUCUAACACUUGCUGAUAGUAGUAGUCUGUCUACAUCUGUUGCCAUCUCAACCCCAAGUACCAUUGUGUCUAAGACCAUGCCAGAGAAAUUGAUUAUGUCCAUCUUUCCAACGCCUUCCACUGGUCGCCUCAAAAAAGCAGAUCAGGAUUUGGAGCAGCGGGAAGCUUUUACAGAGGAGACUCUUAGUAAAGUUAAGGAGGCUACGCAACAGGCAGAAGAAGCUGCUGCUUAUGCUGCUGCAGCUGUUAGUCACAGCCAAGAAAUAUGGAAUCAGUUGGAUAAGCAAAAAAAUUCAAGAUUGAUAUUUGAUGGCGAAUCUAAGUUGGCAUCUGCUGCUGCAGCUGUAGCUGCCGCGGCUGCUGUUGCGAAGGCAGCAGCUGCAGCUGCCAAUGUUGCAUCGAAUGCUGCGUUACAAGCAAAAUUGAUGGCUGAGGAAGCCUCGGUUUCAUAUAAUGAUGGGAAUGCGAGCCAAAGUAUAAGAAUGACUACUCCUGUGCCCAUUUUAAGGGGUGAAGAUGUAACUAAUAGUUCGACUUCGAUCCUUGUUGCUAGGGAGGCUUCUAGAAAGGGAGUUGAAGUUGCAUCUGCAGCCUCAAAGCGAGCUGAAAAUAUGGAUGCCAUUGUAAAAGCUGCUGAGUUGGCAGCAGAAGCUGUAUCACAAGCUGGAAUAAUUGUAGCUAUGGGUGAUCCUUUGCCAUUAAGUCAGUUAGUAGAAGCUGGUCCAGAGGGUUAUUGGAAAGUACCUCAAGUUUCUUCAGGUCUGGUUAUGAAAUCAAAUGGCAUGUCGAGAGAACAGUCAAAUUUGGGUACUGUCGGAGAAGAUGUUGAUUCUUCUUCUAGGCGUUCUAAAGAUAGACAAUCAGAUAAGCACAAAGCACAGCCAACUGCACAUGAGAAGUCACCGAUUCUGACAGAGGUAAAUAAGGAAUCAAUGGAUGAUCAACUGAGGUGGGGAGCAGGAACCACAGGGUUUGAUACUGCCAGUGAAAAGGGGUCAAGAGGACCGAAAGGUCGCAAUGUUUCUGAAAUCAGAUCAAAGUCUGCUUUGAUUGCUGUCGAGAAUGAUUUUGAAAAGGAAGCAGGAGCAUCUGAAGAAAGCAGCAUCAAGGACGGUUCUCUAGUAGAGGUUCUCAAAGAUGGGGCUGGAUUUGGAGAAGCCUGGUUUACUGCUAAGGUAUUGUGUUUGCAGGAUCGAAAAGCUAGUGUGUGUUACACUGAGCUUCAGUCAGAUGAAGGGAAACUGCAGGAAUGGGUGGCACUUGAUGGCGAAGAAGAUAAGCCACCAAAGAUACGAAUUGCCCGCCCUGUUACCGCUUUGGGACAUGACGGAACAAGGAAAAGGCGCAGAGCAGCAAUGGCAGAUUAUACUUGGUCUGUUGGAGAUAAAGUUGAUGCAUGGAUACAGGAGAGCUGGUGGGAAGGAGUUGUCACUGAAAAAAACAAGAAAGAUGAAACUAUAUUAACUGUCCACUUUCCAGCACAAGGGGAAAAGUCAGUUGUUAAAGCUUGGCAUCUUCGGCCUUCGCUCAUUUGGAAGGAUGGCAAAUGGGUUGAAUGGUUUAGUGUACGAAAUGACACCUCCUUCCUUGAGGGUGAUAUGCCCCAGGAAAAGCGACCCAAAUUUGACAGUCCUGCAGUGGAAGGCAAAGGGAAUGAUAACGCGUCAAAAAGCAUUGAUGUGAAUGAUUCAGGGAAGCCUGUAGACCCAAGGUUAUUGAAUUUAUCUGCAAAUGAAAAGGUAUUUAAUAUGGGUAAGAAUACCAGAACUGAGAAUAAGCUUGAUGCAACCAGAACAAUUCGGACAGGGUUGCAGAAGGAAAGAUCAAGGGGGGUUGUUUUUGGUAUCCCCAAGCCUGGAAAGAAGAGAAAAUUUAUGGAAGUUAGCAAACAUUAUGUGGAAAAUGAGGGUAGCAAGAUUAAUGAAACAAGUGAUCCGGUGAAAACUGCAAAAUACUUGAUGCCUCAAGGAUCAGGUUCCCGUGGAUUGAAAAAUACAUCCAAAAUCGACACGAGGGAAAAACAAGUGGCUGGAUCCAAGCUAAAGGGUCUGAGAUCUGGAAAGCUGCAAAGUUUAUCCGGUAAAUCUGCUGCACAGAAGGACAACCUUUUAACAGAUGCACACACUGCCUCCGAUGGUUCAAGUGAAAUGGACCAUACAGGAAAGAUCAAAGAUUCUGUAAACCGUGCUGAGGGUUUAUCCGGAAAGCAUACACUAUCACAAACAUCUACAUAUAGAACAGAAGGGACAACAGACGGCCCAAUGGAAUUUUCUGCACUAGCUCCAUCAUCUGAUUCUUCUUCAUCCAAGAAAGUCUCCACUUUAACUGCUCUAUCUCGGGCAAACAAAGGAAAACUUGCACCUGCUGGUGGAAGGUUGGGUAAAAUUGAGGAGGGCAAAGUGUUUGGUGGAAAUCCGGCAAAGUCGACUGCUGAAGUUGUUGAGCCUCGUAGAUCAAAUCGCAGAAUUCAACCUACAUCAAGACUACUAGAAGGACUGCAAAGCUCGUUGAUCGUCUCAAAGAUUCCUUCAGUUUCACAUGACAAGGGCCACAGAAGUCAGAACCGGAAUGCCUCUAGAGGGAAUAACAAUGGUUGAGAGGAGCUCUGCAAAUGAUGGGUUCCAGUCCGAGGAUCGUCAAUUAUUGGAUGACCAGGCCAACAUGCCCAGCCGUACUUGUGUAUAUUUAUUGCAGACGAGGAUAAGCGUAGGGAUGGAAAUUCUUGCUUCUUUGGUUUCGUUCUGUCAUAAAAAUGUAGUCAGUUAGAUUUUUAUAGUGAUUUUAGCUUACAAAUUAUGGUUUCCGUAGGUGGUUUUUUUGCGCAGAGAGGUGGUUUCCGUGUAUGGAAAAUUGUCCGUGUAGUUUGGUUUGUAAUGCAAGGGAGGAUUUCAGAUGAUUAAUCACAUAACCAGUUACUGUUUCCACCAUUUGGAUAUUUAAUAUUAUGCUAUCUCGUUCGUCGUGAGUA